AUGCGAACAAGGACUCACAGUAAACCUCAACUACCUCAAAUCAGUCCCUCUCUCACUCGCGCCACCCGCUCUACCAACAACUCCUCUCCCGACAAGAUGAACUCCACUAUCAUGGCAAAGGCUCCCAAUUAUGCCGAAACAGAUCCCGUCUCUCUUAGAUGGGUUAACGACCGUACAUUUGCUGUUCGCGGCAUCGACCAAGAAAUUCUAGAGACCUAUGAAGCUGAGGAUCAAGCAAGGAGUUUCAACAAACCUCAAAGUCCCAAUGAUCGUCGUGCCGCCCGAAGGGCUCGCCGCCAUAUCGGUGACGAGUCACAGGAGAAUGCUUCUUUCAAUUGUCCUCAAACGGUCUCUUUCAAUGGCAACGGAGACAAUACUGCAUCAGAUAUCGACGAUAUCGACAAAGACGACGAUGCUGAUGACGAUGAUCACGUCUCGAACAAUUUUCAGCCUCUGCCACGAGGCAACACCUUGUCGAAACGAGGGGGCACUGUAAAACGAAGACGACGAGGUGGUGCACAGUCAGCAUCACGACAGCCAUCUCGCGAGCCUUCACCUGAACUACCUCUUCUGGCGCCAGAAGACGAUGUCGUUAGUGACAACGAUCUACCAUCUCCCUUUACCGAGGAAAUGUUCGAGGAUCCCAACCUGCCAGACGAUGAAGCACAAGCUCUAUACAACAAACUAUUCGAGCCUAUGACACAACCCGACGUCUUUAUUGGACCCCUCAUCAAGUUUUUGCCAGGGCAGAGGUCUACGGACAAUCUGUAUGUGCUAGCCGCAAACACAGCAGCAGCGUUACGUGCGUGGCAGGACGAAUAUCUCGAGCUUGAGAAGAUCACUGCCCCACAUGCCGCCAUUCCUCGCAAAGCUGCAACUGGCCAACGCAACCCUAUUGAUCCCAUGAUUCAUGAAGAUCAGAAAGAAGCCGAGUUAUACGAUUACGUGUUCGAUGCUAAGAAAGUCGGCAUGCAAGAUUCCAUCGCCCAAAAAGUCGUUAGGGAUGCUUCUGGCAGGGAACUACGUACUCGUCAACCUCGCGGCCAGGCCAACAAAGAGGCCUCCGCAGCUACAGCCGCUGUCGUUCCAGAGGAGAUCGUGACAGGCAGACGGGCUAGGAAACCGGUUGCUAAGUAUGACGGUGUUGUUUCCACUGAUCAAGCUAUGGGAAGAAAGAGAGGUGCAAACGCCAUGAGCGAGACUCCCGAAGCAGAUGAACCCAUGGCAAAGCGAGGUAAAACAGCUACUCGUGGUGGAAGAGGAGGCAGGGGUGGACGUGGAGGUAGAGGCGGGAGAGGUGGACGAGGAGGCGGACGGGGUGGGCUGGUUGCAAAGCGUCUGCAAGAGCUGCGUGAAGAAAGUGCUGCAGUCUCAGCCACGGCAUCCGAAGAUGAGAUGUCGGGCUCUGAUGCGGGCAGCGUGCCGCCAGACACACGCGAGAACAGCCCUGUAUUCGAACAUCUACCUGCAACCGAGACGACCACGCCAGGUUUAGCCGACGAGUCGCAGAUUGAUCCGCAGAGCGAAGAUGGGCCAUCACUUACAGCCAGUGGCAAGAAGAAGGGACGACCAAAAGGCAGCAAAAACCACCACAAGAGAUCAGACGCUGGCAUUCCGAAAGGUCCUCGCGUACCAAAAGCUCAGAGCAACGGUACACCAGGCUUCGGAAGUGUCAACUCUGACAUACCAGCGAGUGCAGAGACGAGUCUUACGCCUGGUUCAGCCGACACGACGCCCGUUGCACCAGCCACGGCAGGAGGGAUUCCAGUCGAUCCCAAGCGUAAAGUUCCUCGCAGUGAGAAGCGAUCCAAGAGUAUGGUUGAAUGGUGGGCUCGCAGAAAGGCCAAAGAAGCAGAGGACAAAGCUCGCGAAGCAGAAGCGCAAGCUGCUGAACGUCAUCGCGCUGCCGAAGCUCAUGCUCGGUAUAUGUCACAGCACGGCGGUCUGAUCGCUGCACAACAACAAGCCCAACAACAGCAACAUCAGCACCAACAACAUCAGCAGCAUCAACACCAACAACAGCAACAACAACAACAACAACAUCAGCAAUUUGGCGGAUACACAGGGCCCUAUCCACCAACAGGCGUCCUGCCUCCUCCAGGACCACCUCAACAAAUGCAACAACACGUGCCACAGCAUUGGGGUUCAGGGUUUGCACUGCCCGGUCUUCAAGGUCCUGGCGGAUUAGUAUGGCAUCAGCCUGUGCAUCAUCCGAGUCAAGGUCUUCCGCCCAUGCAACAGCAACCUCCUCCUUCUCAACAGCAGCAGCAGCAAGGACCGCCCCAAGGGCCAAAUGGACCGCAAGGACCCGAAGGGCAUAGAAGGGAUCAGCAUGGGUUUGUGAGAAGCUUUUGA